GAAACAGAAGGGCGACGGCAAGUGUGCCAAAGACCACUACGGAACGAUCAACCUGAUCAACCACAUUGGCAAGGUCUACAUGAAUGUUACGGACAUGCCCGAACUUAGAGGACUGGCGCCUUGUUUAUUGUUCUCGCAGUUCGGGGCUGCGGCGUGCAGGUCUCGGCUGGGUUCUGGCACAACGCUUGGCAUGAUCCUGGCAGUUCUGAUUGACUUCGAGAAGGCGUUUGACCUGGUAGAUCGCGAUGAGAUUUGGACCGCACUCGAGACGCUCGCCGUCAAACGCAGCGCCAGACCCACAGCCGAGGAGCUCCACGAAGGCAUCUGCUACAUCGCCCGUGACAUCAGGACCAACCAACAUGCCCACCACAUGCCGAAGGGGGUCCGCCAGGGCAGCGUCGAGGGCCCGCUGGUGUUUGUGGCAGUGUACGACCUCCUCACGGCAGCCCUCGAGAGCAGCCACCCAGUCUCGGAGUUUCCCGGAGUAUUCGUCACCUUUGACCCUGA